AGCAUGCUCAGAGCUGCCGCUCUAGUAAAUUAGUGUAGAAACAGCUCUGAUCAGAUUAGCAGAAUCUGGUUCUCUGCCUGUCCCAGCGGCUGUCUCUCUCCCACAGCAGAUGGUCUCUGGCCCGCUAAGGAUCCGUCUCCAGGGCUAUGUGAGCACAAGAUUGUCAUCCAACACCAAGAAAUCAAUGUUUGUUUCUGCUUCUGCUCAUCUGGAUGGUCAACACCGUUGCGAUAAUGCUGCAUGACCAGUGGACCAUCAUGAACAACAGCAGCUCUGACCUGGACAGCAAACUACCCAAGUACAAGGGUCUCCCAGGAUUGACUGGUCCUAGAGAACGAGUCAGAAGGUGCUGCAGUUUCCUUUUCUGGUCCGUCAUCACAUUGGCUGUCAUAGCAGCAGUUGUCACAACUACAUUCACCAUCCUGUACCUGAACCAGUAUCCUGUACCCUUCAUCAGCAGCAGAGGCAGCGUCUCCUCACCGGUGAUUCUGACCAAUCCCAAAGACUCUGGCGCCCUGGUGACGGUGUCACAGAUCUCUGAUGGAGAACCCAUCAGCAUCUUCCUGGACCCCAACUGUCCCGACUUCAGCCAGCACAUUCUGCGCUGGGAAGCCCUGCAGAGCUCGCUGCUGCGUGUGCUCACCAAUCACAACACGGAUGACUGGAAGGAGCGGGGAAUGUUCCAGAAGCUGGGCGACGACCUCAAGGUGUUGACAGGAAACACCCAUGACCUGAAGCUGCAGGCCGAGUCACUGAAGCGAGGCCAGGGCGUUCUGGACCAGCGGAUGGACCGGCUCCAGAGUGAACAGAGCCGGGUGGUCCAGGCCCUGAGCGACAGCCGCACAGGCGUCAUGAAGCUGGCUGAAGGGUUCAGUGAUGCUCUGGUCAACCUACAGAGGGAAACUGAGAGUCUGCGGGGACUGAAGAGUCGAGACGCAGCGCAGUCAGCUGCCAGACCAAGGGACUGCACUGAUGUGAUGGCGUCCGGCGUUGUAGAAGAUGGAGUUUAUUCCGUGUUUCCAAUUCACCAACCUGAGGGCUUCAUGGUUUACUGUGACAUGAGCACCGAUGGAGGAGGAUGGACGGUGAUCCAGAGGAGGGAGGACGGCUCUGUGAACUUCUUCAGAGGCUGGGACGCUUACAGGGAUGGCUUUGGAACCACCAGGGGGGAGCACUGGCUGGGUCUGCAGAGGAUCUACACGCUCACCAGGUCAGGAGGGAUUGAACUCCGCAUCGACAUGGCUGACUUCGACAACGCCACUGCAUUCGCUCUCUACUCUGACUUUUCUGUCGGCCGAGACUCGGUCAACCCGGAAGAAGAUGGGUACCCGCUGACGGUAGACGGCUACUCAGGGACUGCAGGUGACUCCCUCCUGAAGCAUUCUGGUAUGCAGUUCACCACCAAGGACCGGGACCAGGACCAGUCGGAGAACAACUGUGCAGCGUACUACCAGGGGGCGUGGUGGUACCGGAACUGCCACACGUCCAACCUGAACGGCCAGUACCUGAGAGGAGGACACGCCUCCUACGCCGACGGGGUGGAGUGGUCCAGCUGGACGGGCUGGCAGUACUCACUCAGGUUAACCGAGAUGAAGAUCCGGCCCAGAAAACCCGAGUCCUGAGCCGGGACCCCGGACCUGGGACAGUUCGAUGUAAAUGUGAUGAUUGGUCCAGAACGGCUCCUGCGCUGUUGUCUGUUCAGUUGUGUUAUGUGUCAUAUUGAUAACAGAUUGGUGAUUGUAGAUGAUGAUUUCAGGAUUAAAUGAGUCUCACACAUACAGGACUGUCUCAGAAAAUUAGAAUAUUGUGAUAAAGUCCUUUAUUUUCUGUAAUGCAAAAAUGUCAUACAUUCUGGA